GAAUAGCUUGACUCCCUCUUCUUUGGGGCAGCCCCUGAGAUACUGGAAACUAUCAUGUCCCCUCCUCAUCCUUCUCUUCAUUAAACUAGACAUACCCAAUUCCAGCAACAUCUUGAGCGAGUAACCCACGAUGAAGCAACCAAGGCAAACUGCUAGUGCCUCCACUCAGUAAAAACUGACCAUAAAGGUUAUCUAAACCUAAAAAUCGCCGCAUAAGACGCUCAUGUCCGUUACAUUCACACGUGCGGAUGGCACACGCGUUUAUACAAAAAAAAAAAAAAAAAAACCCCAAACCCCCGACGCGUGCAAACCACAGUGAAAAGAUCAGGCUGGGGUGUGUGUGUGUGUCAGCCAAUCCCCCCUCCUCUCUCUGCACCCCUGCCCUCCCCAGCCAGAUCUUAUUCCCCGAAGUUGGCAGGCGGAAAGGUUUUCAGGAUUUGUCCCGCCUGCCCGAGAGGCUGGCCGCCUUUGAUGCCUGCCGCCGCGUCUUGAUAAGAGCUGCGAGUCGGUCGCGGGAGGGCCGCGAAGAGAGCCGGAGGAUCCCCGCCUGAUCUCCUUUGCAAAGACGGUAAAAAGGGGAUCCGGGAAAAAGGGGAGACGCUUUUCCCCACCUUGCCCUCCGGGCUCCGGUCCUUCGCCGCAGCUGCAGAGGCUUUCCUGGACUUGAGAGCCAGGAUGGAGGCUCCGGUGUGCCUGGUUGAGAACAGGAAAAAUCGCCUCCGUCUCUCUUCGGAGGGUCUCCAGUUGCUCUCGGACAUCCAGAAUCCGGUCGUGGUGGUGUCCAUCGUGGGACCCUACCGCACGGGCAAGUCCUACCUGAUGAACAAGCUGGCUGGCAAAAAUUCAGGCUUCUGUUUAGGCUCCACAGUGCAAGCAAAAACUAAAGGAAUCUGGAUGUGGUGUGUUCCCUAUCCAGAUAGGCCUAAGCAAACCCUUGUCCUUCUGGAUACUGAGGGAAUAGGUGAUGUGGAAAAGGGCAGCAAUCAAAACGAUGCCUGGAUCUUCGCUUUGGCCGUGUUGCUGAGCAGCACCCUGGUCUACAACAGUGUGGGGACCAUUGAUCAGGCUGCUCUGGACAAGCUUCAUUUUGUGACGGAGUUGUCUCAAUAUAUCAAGUCAAAGGCUUCCUCCGCUCCUGGAGAUACAGAUGACUCUUCCGAAUUUGUCGGCUUUUUCCCAAUGUUUAUCUGGACAGUGCGAGACUUCUCACUGCAGCUGGAACGGGACGGGCAAUCCAUCACGGAGGACGAAUAUCUCGAACACGCUCUGGAAUUAAAAAUAGGUAACAGUCAGAAGAAGCAGACAUUCAAUAUGCCACGGAAAUACAUCCGACUAUUUUUCCACACCCGGAAAUGCUUCGUCUUUGAUUCCCCUACUAAAAGUCGGAACUUGCGCUAUCUGGAAAAUAUGGUAGAUACUCAGCUGGAGCCUGAAUUUGUGGAACAAGCAAAGAAAUUUUGUCAUUAUGUCUAUGCGACAUCCCAAGAAAAGACUCUUCCAGGCGGACAUGUUGUCACUGGCAACUUAUUGGCAAAGUUGGUUGAGACCUACGUGGAUACUAUCUCUAGUGGGAAUAUUCCCUGCCUGGAGAACACAGUCCUGGCUUUGGCUGAGAUUGAGAACAGGGCAGCCCUGCAGGAAGCUGUUGCUCGCUAUGCGCAACUGAUGGACCAUAGCUUGCAGCUACCCACUGAUAGUCUCCAGGAACUUCUGGACAAACACAAAAUAUGUGAGGAACAGGCUCUCCAGAUGUUCAUGGCUCGUGCUUUCAAGGAUGAUACACGUGAAUUCCAGGUUGAACUCAUGAAAACUCUGGAUAGCAAGAAAGAAGAGUACUGCCAGAAAAAUAAAGAGAAAUCCUCCGAAAUCUGUUCAGCUUUAUUAGCCUCACUGUCUGAGGGCCUGGAGCAGAAUAUCAAGAACGGAAGCUAUUCCCGAGCUGGUGGCCACCAGGAAUUUCUUAAUGACCUCCAGAAACUGGAGAAACAAUUCUUUGAUACACCUAAGAAAGGAAUCAUGGUACAAAAUGAUGAGGCAUGGAAGAUCCUGAAAAAAUUCCUCCGGGGCAAGGAAGACAUCAGCAAAGCCAUCCUUCAAAAUGACAAAGCCCUUCAAAUGAACGAGAAGGAAAUAGCAGAUGAAAAGAUGAAGGCCAAAGCCAAAGAACUAGAAAAGGAGGUUCAGAAGCUGGAAAAAGAAAUGUCAAAACAGAAAUCGGCGGACCACAAACAGAGUCAGGACAUGAACUUUCACAUGCUGAAGAAGAAGAGGCUGGAAGAAAAGAAGCAGAGGCUGGAAGAAUACGAGAAGAUGAUCGAAAGCAAACUCAGGGAGCAGAAGGCUUUAUUGGAAGAGGGUUUUGAGAAGGAGGCGAGCCAGCUGAACGAGGAGAUCGAGGAGCUUAGGAAGAAAAAGGAAGAGGUGGAAAAACCAAGCUGGAUCUCCUCAGCGUUGGAAAACCUGAAAACUGCGAUCCGUGAAAAAUUAUCGAAAAUUCACGAGGAGGUUAUUGAACCGGUUGUAGACCGCUUCAAAACUCUAAUCCAGAAUACAAGUUCAAAGGACUGAUCAAGUGCUUUUACAUCCUGAAAAUGACCUGGCUGCAUUCUUACUAGAGUUGGUGUAGAUACGUUCGGUCCAUUUAAAUUCAUAGUAUGCAAAAUCAUUCUCAAACUUUAAGGACAUAUCUUUAAGAUCUUUGAGAUUUAGCAUUUGAAGGCCUCAGAGGCUUCCUUAGGUGUCACAAGUUGAGGUCAGGCUUUAUGUUAAACUCCUGUUUGUUUGUUUGCUUGUUUGUUUUAAUCCUGAUGUAUUAAAUCAUAUUUGGGGGUGUUAUAGAUGACACCAAGGCUAAAAA